UAUCGAUAGUGUACUUAUCCGUGAUAAGAUAAAGAAUAUUCCUAGAUUCCGGUACUGGGUACCCCACUAUACUAGGUACUAGGUGCCUAGUAGCAAGUGCGACAACAAGCAAUUAUUCAACUAUCCAAUAUCACCGGUCCUAUAAGCAAGGUAGGAAUAAUAACGGGCAAUCUUACUCUCUCACUUACUAAGUAAAACACUUGAAAGAAAGAAGAGGACUGAAGUGUCUCGUCUAAUCCACUUACUAGUACCUCGAUCUUCUUAUAUGAACGGCUAGAGGUUUCUAGGUCAUGGGUGCCGACAUGAUACUUCAAAAUGGCUUUUCCCAACAAGCCAAUCUCUCACCUAUUAGGUUCUAACGGUCCCGUCCAUGCACUCACAUACUCGCAUUCGCCGGGAACAUAUAUCCUCGCCGGCUCCGCAGACCGGACCGUGAGGCUGUACAACCCGCAAUCUAACACAACCAUUCACCCCAGCUCAUCGCACAUAACCAGGACCAGCAGUAGUAGUGCCGCCUCUCCGGUAAUUCCGCAAGGUCUCCUAAUCCAGUCCUAUUCCGGGCAUGGGUAUGAGGUGCUCUCGCUAGACGUGACGGCGGACAACGCGCGUUUCGCGUCUGUGGGCGGGGACCGCACCGUCUUCUACUGGGACGUGGCGACGGCGUUGACGAUCCGGCGCUUCGGCGGCACGCCGCAGAGCCACACCGCGCGCGUCAACUGCGUGGCCUUCGCCGGCGAGGACGACAGCCUCGUCGUUACCGGUAGCCUGGAUACCACCGUCCGGAUCUGGGAUCUCAAGAGCAAGUCUCUAAAACCGAUCCAGGUCCUAAAUGAGGCGCGCGACUCCGUGACCGCUGUUGUCGUGCGCGGAUCUGAGAUUGUCGCUGGCAGUGUAGAUGGCCGUGUUAGGACGUACGAUGUGCGCAUGGGACGGUGUGUGACGGACGUUAUCGGCCCCAGCGUUACGAGUUUAUGUAUGACCAUGGAUGGUAAAGCGCUUCUAGUCGGGAGCCUGGAUAGUAAACUACGACUGAUGGAUAGGGAGAGCGGAGGGUGCCUUAAGACCUAUUCCGAUCCGGGUUGGAAAAACGAAGACCUACGUGUCCAAUCCAUUCUAGGUGGCAAGGAGCAAUAUGUAGUAGCGGGAGAUGAGAUGACGGGCAGCCCAGGCCGGAAUAGUGAGGGUAGGAUAUGGGCGUGGGAUAUCCUAACCGGAGGAUUAGUAGCUCAAGUCACCGUUCCCUGGGGACCUCCCGGCCACGAGCCUAAGAAAAGCAUCGGCAAAGAUGGUAAACCGAAAGAACGGAGCAAUGUGAUCAGUUGUCUCGCAUGGAAAGAGAAUGGGUUUGGAGACCAAUAUUGUGUUAGCGGCACGUCUGGGAUUGUCACUGUAUUUGGAUAUCCCUGAUUCAGGAAACCCGUCUCCGGAUUCGAAAGGAGUUUUUGCAUCGGCGAUCACGUUAUUUGAUACUUAAUUGAACAUUGACACCAAGUACUGGUGAUCCUCGACAUUGAUUCUAUG